AUGGGUAAAAAACGGAGAGCUGCUAUCUUGCCGACUAACAUCAUUUUGUUGCAGAAUGUCGUGCGUCGUGACCCUGAGUCCUACCACGAGGAGUUCAUGCAACAGUAUGCCCACUAUGAGUCCUUGAGAGACAUCUUCUUGUUGAAUCCUUCCGCACACGAAGGUGACGACUUCGGUGACUUGAUCGGGUUCAUGUCUGCGGUGUGCUCGUGUUACCCUAAGGAGACUGCCAAGUUCCCUGACGAAUUGAAGGCUAUCCUUACCAACAACCACAGAGACCUUACGCCGGAGUUGCGUGAGAAGAUCAUCCAGUGCCUUGUCAUGUUGAGAAACAAGGAAAUUAUCACGGCUGAGUCAUUGAUCCAGACCAUUUUUCCGUUGUUAACCGCCUACUCGGGUGACGCGGCAUCCGUCGGAAUGCACGCGAAGGCCUUGAGACACCAGGUUUACUCCAACAUGAUCACCUUGUUGAAGUCGGUCAACACCGGUGCCAAGCACCAGAAGCUCAACCGAUCCACCCAGGCCUUGUUGUUUAACUUACUUGAGCAGAAGGAUAGCCAGGGGUUGUGGGCGACCAAAUUAACCAGAGAGUUGUGGAGGCGUGGGAUCUGGGAUGACUCACGUACUGUCGAGUUGAUGACCCAGGCUGCGUUACACCCAGAUGUGAAGGUGGCUAUUGCCGGUUGCAAAUUUUUCCUUGGUGCCGAUAAGGAGAGAGAGGCGAACUUCGAGGACGAUUCUGAAGAUGAUGACCAUUUCGAUAUGGCUGCGUUGAGGCAUAAGAUGUCCAUCAACAAAAAAACCUCCAAGAGAGGUAAGAAACUCGAGACAGCGGUCAAGACGAUGAAGAAGAAGAACAACGCCAAACACUCUGCCACGUACUUGAACUUUUCUGCCAUCCACUUGUUGCGCGACCCCCAGGGCUUCGCGGAGGCAAUGUUCGACAACCAUCUUUCCGGAAAGUCAGCCAAUCGUUUUGACCUCGAGCAGAAGAUUUUGUUCAUGAACUUGAUCUCGCGCUUGAUCGGUACCCACAAGCUCACUGUCUUGGGGAUCUAUUCCUUCUUUUUAAAGUACCUUACGCCGAAGCAGAGAGACGUCACCCAGAUCAUGGCUGCGGCUGCACAGGCAUCCCAUGACUUGGUUCCGCCAGAGUCAGUGGCCAUGGUUGUGAAGAAGGUUGCCGACGAGUUUGUUUCCGAUGGUGUGGCUGCUGAAGUUGCGGCCGCCGGUCUCAACACUAUCAGAGAAAUCCUUUCCAGAGCCCCAUUGGCGAUCGACUCUACUUUGUUACAAGAUUUGACCGAGUACAAGGGCUCCAAGGCCAAGCCGGUGAUGACGGCUGCCAGAUCCUUGAUCUCGCUCUACCGUGAGAUUGCUCCAGAGAUGUUGUUGAGGAAGGACCGUGGUAAGAUUGCCUCCAUGGAGUUGCAGGCCAACGGUGGGAACAGCGCCGCGGCCAUUUUGGAGAACACUGGCUCUCUUCAGUUCGGUGUGGAGUCCCAUACUGUCACGGGUAUUCCAGGGUUGGAGUUGUUGGCCAAGUGGAAACUUGAGCAACUCGAAAAGGGGAUCACCCAUGACGAGGAUGCAGACGAGAACUGGGAAGUCGAUGAGGAAGAUAACGGUAGUGAUGUGGAAGGUGACUGGGUUAAGAUUGAGUCCGACAAGGAGUACGACAUUUCCGACGACGAAGACAAGACUGAGAAGACCCCAGAAGAGAGGAAGGCCGCCAGAGAGGAGGCCAAGCAAAAAGCCAUGAUUGAGAUGUUGUCUAGCACUAUCUUGACUCCAGCAGACUUUGCCAAGUUGGAAGAAUUGAAGGUUGAGGCUGGUCUCGAGAAGGUCUUGGGUAAGUCCCAGACCAACGAAGAUUCUGUCGAUGCUAAGACUCUUGUGGGUGCUUCCAAGUUCAAGCAGUUACGCGAGGAGAGAAUCGCCGCCGCCAAGGAUGGUAGAGAGGACAGAGAGAAGUACGGUUCCAGAAAGGGUAAGCGUGACGCUCCGCACUCGACGACGAACAGAGAGAAGGAACGUGCUAAGAACUUUGUCAUGUUGAUCCACAAGAAGGAGGUCCAAGGCAAGGUCAAGAUGUCGUUGCGCGACAAGCAGGUUGUCACCCAAGCGCAUAUCACCAAGCAGAAGAAGAAGGGGUACUAA